GCGUUUUGUGUGUGUGUGUGUGUGUGUGUGUGUGUGUGUGUGUGCUCGGGGGCUUUAGGGUCUUUUUACGUUACGGGCAGCGAGGAGAGGGAUAAGUUUGGAAUAUUUCCGUUGACACCCGAAGGCAGCGCAGGUGACGGAAUGAAGGGAACUCCCCGCUUCUCCAGUGACAAACCGCCCACUGAUGAAAACACCACCGGACAGAUCCCUACCACAUUGCGGUGACAACCACAGCGAUUAGAAGAGGUUCUCAACGGCAUUUCGGCAGGGAGUGUGAAAUAAGAGGGGGUUGACCAGGUCCACCUGCCCAACGGUCUUUUAUCCAGACACUGCUUCAAGAGGAGGCUGGGCUCCCUCUGGGUGCAAGAACCACCAUGUGCCAAAACAGAAGAGGACUCACCAGUGCCCAUUAAUCCUUUUUUCCUGAGCUUCCCCUCUAGUCUGAGGACUCUCCUAGACUAGACAAGCGCCGUGUUGCCCACUGGCAAAGAUGAAGAAGGUGGCAACAUGGUCAGCAAAGGAUGUCUCCGACUGGCUGAGCAAGGAGGGCAUGCCAGAAUACAUAGACGCGCUCCAUCACACAGAUGGCCCUUCCCUGCUCACGCUCACCGAGGCAGAUUUCCACAGGCACCCCCUUUCGCUGGUUUCGUCUGACGGCGGGCUGCAGCUGUUGGAGCGAGUGGAGACGCUGCGGAUAGAGAAUCAUAUGGAGACUCACAAAAAUGGACACGCGAACGGGCACGCGGGGGGCAUGCCCAACGGGACGAUUAAGCCCCACAGGAACGGCACACUGGGAGGCAAGAAGGAGAUGGUCCACAUCCCCAUCCCCAUGGCGGAGACCAAGCACUGCUCCUUUCCUACAGAGUGGGGGAAGACGGGCAUAGCGUUCCUGUACGCGCUGGUGUGCUUCGUCACCACCACGGUCGUCAUCUCGGUGGUCCACGAGAGAGUGCCGUCGAAAGAGCACACCCCGCCGCUGCCCGACAAGUUCUUCGACCUGUUUGAUCGGGUAGAGUGGGCCUUCUCCAUCUGCGAGAUUAACGGCAUGCUGCUGGUGGGGCUCUGGUUGAUACAGUGGAUUCUCCUCAAGUACAGAUCGAUUAUCGGCAGGCGCUUCUUCUUCAUUGUGGGCACGCUCUAUCUGUACCGGUGUAUUACGAUGUACAUCACCACCCUGCCUGUUCCUGGCAUGCACUUCAAAUGCUCUCCAAAGCUUCUUGGGAACUGGGAGGCACAGGCGAGGAGAAUAAUGAAGAUGAUUGCUGGUGGGGGACUAUCCAUCACAGGGGCGCACACCAUGUGUGGGGAUUAUCUGUAUAGUGGCCACACUGUAAUGUUAACACUAACAUACCUCUUCAUCAAGGAGUAUUCUCCUAAGCGAUUCUGGUGGUACCAGUGGCUUUGCUUGGCCUUGAGCGCUGUGGGGAUUUUCUGCAUCCUCCUAGCCCACGAUCACUACACUGUGGAUGUGGUGGUCGCUUACUUCAUCACUACACGCCUCUUCUGGUGGUACCACACUAUGGCCAACCAACAAUCACUGAAGGAGACGUCGCAGAGUAACCCGUUCUCCCGGGUGUGGUGGUACAGACUCUUCCAGUACUUUGAAGAGAACGUCAACGGGACGGUCCCUCGCAACUACCAGCUGCCUUCAUGGCGAGCUUUACAGUGGAGCCGCGGCGUGAAGUACAGCAGACUGGACAUCCAGUGACUCCUCUUCACACAGCGGGCGACGACUGGGACUUCCACAAGUGCUGUUUCUUACCCAUGGAAGAUGGCACGGUUUAAUGUAGCGCUGUCCUUACACCUCCAGUAACAGAAACAUCCCUGUCCAGAUGGGUAGCACUGUGACCCACCUAGUAUUUUGUUUUGCAUAAUUAUGUAUGUAUGUAUGUAUGUAUAUUUCUUUUUCUCUCAUGGUAGUAUUUCUCAACAGAGCACAAAUUUAUAUUUGUCUCUUUUCCACUUUGUGGGCCACGCAACAACUUCUGCUUUUUGUAGCAGAUCUAUGAAGGACUCCAAAAAUCGUCUAAACUGGUAACGUUCACACAUUUUUGGCCAUAAGGACUUUUUCCCCUCAGCACAAACACACAUUUAAGGUAUUCUGUUCAGUUUCAGUGCAGAGUGUCAAUCAAAUAACCAAAAUGCCAUGAGCAUUAUUCUUUUUUGUAAACUGUCCUUGCUAAAAUAAGUAAAAGGUGCAAAAAUUAGUUUUUCUAAGUACUUCAAACUUUAUUUUUGAAGAACAAAUGAUGUCCAACAACAGAUUUUUAGAUUUUUAUCUUUUCCAAGAUAGAAACUGAGAGCAUAAGAAUCUAAUGGUAUAGCAUUAUUCCAGUGCCUUUCUUACCUUGAUUGUAAAACCGUUCAAGUACUACAUGUGUCUUGUGUGCUUCGUACCACAGCGGGAACGCAGCUGUGGUACGAGGUGGUACUUAUGUAACAUACUUGUUCCCAUGAAUGUACUACUACUCCAGCCUUACUAGAAGAUUGGUCUUCCCAAAAUUAAGUGCAGUGAAAGAAAUGUCCCGUUUAUUUAUUGAUACUUUGUGGUGUCAGUUUGUGUUUAGUUGGUUAAUGCUGUUCUAACAGGAAAAUGACUGUUAUUUGUAAUACUUUUGUCUGUAACAUUUCAUUUUUACCAGUCAGUCUUUAACCAACACCAGCCAUGUUCAAAGCCCAAUCACUGACAAAAAAAAAAAAGAUGGCAAGUUUUACUUUAACUCAUCAACGCUAUUUGCUAAAUGUCACUGCCUCAUUAAAUGUUUGGAAACAGAAUGAUUGGGAUACUGAGUUAAGUGGACCUGAACAUGGCUUGUGCAUCUGUGCUGCAUCUCAUGCCCAAUAAGAUGACACACAUGGUGUAGAGGAGUAUUACGUGUGAGCUGAGUUAAGGGAACAGUAGCUUCACGCAGAGUCUAUGACCGCUUGGUAAUAAACCUGUAGGUGCUUUGUGUGGUUGGUCUAAAUGUACCAAAUCAAGCUGCUUGGAGUCAGUGGCUUGUCUGCAAUACCUCCUAAGCUGGUCUUUCUAGACGUGACUUGCAGUUGGGGAACAAAGUAAGGCCUGAUGCAAACAGCUGGUGUUAAAUACAGUAUUUGACAACGAGUGUGGAAAUGUUGGUUUGGUAUUGAUAAUCCUAAUCAUGUACAUCUUUUAUUUGUACAGUUAUGACAAGUUAUUUAUGAAGCGCCUAUAGAGAAGAGUUAAUUCAUCCUACGAACCUUUGGUGUCAAUUAGUUUUGAAGGAAAUACUGCACUGAGCUUUAGAUUACAUAUGUUUAAAAUGAAUAAUCGAAAUUUGACAAGUGACAAAUUAAUAUUAUUAAUGUCUGAGACAAUUUGCCCUCCUUUCUGAAACGCUGUCUAAUCAUCUACCUUUGACAGCUUUUAAGAGCACAGUGGUUCCCCACAGGCUUAAGGUCCAGGCAUGGCUGUGUUAUUAUAUUAAUGGCCUAAAAGGCUGGAAUUUAGGUUUAUUUUCUGGUUCGCCAAUCAGGUUGGAUUACAUAUUUCUAAGAAAUAAGGGUUUGUCAUCUUGUAUGUUCCUCCAUAAGCUUCUCACCCUUUUUGUCCAUUUUACCGUAUAUACCAGAUGUUUGUAAGAUGUGAAGGCUUGUCCUUGGGACACUUUUGAAUAAAAGUUUUACUAUAAGGUA